ACAGACACAAUUUGAUGGUGAGGCCAGCAAGUCACAAAUACCAAAGGUAGCGGAAGGCAGUAAAGUUAAGUGACAUUUCAAUUUUAUUAAAAACCAAUGAACAAUUAACCGUUACUGCUUCAAUUAAUUGGCACAUAACGGACGUGUAAACAUACUUACCUACAUAUGUGCACAUAUACAAACAAACGUUUAAUGUGAUGUUUUUGUUAUCAGUGGAAAUCGAAUAUUUGUAUGCUAUUGGAAAGUCAGCUGCAAAUAAACGCGAAUAACAAGGGAGGAAACCAAAAUAAACGACAUGCUGAUAAAGUUUUUACAGUUAAAUGAGUUUUGUGAUAAUUUUGUGAAGUAGUAUUGUUUGUGAAAAUUGUAAGCAAAUAAUGCUUUGAAUUUUGUCACUGUUAUAAAAAGAAUUGUGUCAUUAAAUUUUAUAUAGACUUGUUCAAAUAACUCUUCUAUAACCCAAUUAAUCUAUACCUGAAGCCCUGAAAAAACUACGAAACCAUCCUUGGUGUUUUACAAAUGUCAACAACAGCAAGCAAUAUCGUAUAAGGAUAUCGCAAAACUUUUAUUUGCUGCUCCAUCAUAAGAUUUCAAAAUGACUUACGAACGCAAUAAUCGCAGCGCAACUCAUAUAGUACUAUCAUUAAUACCGCAACAAAUUUAUCGUAUAGAAGGUAAAGGACAACAGCAGCAACAAGAUGUCUGAAAUAAUUGCCGAGAAACCGUCAACUUACAAUACAACUAAUAAUACGGCCGCCGAAUUAGCAAGGCGUCUAAUUUUUGAGUGUGGUGGUUGGACAGCGAGUAGAAACAGCUACGACGUAACGGAUAACAAAACGAAUGAAGUAUACCUACCCCAAUGGAAGUGUGAACAAUUUACUAUGGAUGAGAAAUAUCAGCGUGAAGAUGAACGCCUGAAUUCAUUCGAAAAUUGGCCACUUGAAUGGCUGAAUAAGAGGGAGUUGGCACAAAUUGGCCUGGUCUAUACGGGCGAAGAUGAUAAAGUCAAAUGUUAUUUUUGUGAAGUCGAGAUCGGACGUUGGGAACGUGAUGAUCAACCGAUUAAUGAACAUUUACGCUUCUCACCGAAUUGCCCAUUGCUGCGACGACGCACCACCAACAAUGUGCCAAUUAGCAAUGAUACAUUGAGUCGUGUGUUACCGCCCGUUAGUUAUGAUGUGUGCGGCAAUGAAGGAUACGAAUUCGAGGCAAACGAUGUGUCUGGAGAUAUUGCACCAACACCACAGGCUCCACUGACGACAGGCGCAUACCAAUACGACAGCAUAGCGGCCGACAAUUUGUCUAAUCAUCAUCAUGCCAAUGCGAAUAGCAGCAGCAGCAGCGCUAACAACAGCAGAUGUGGCAAUGAAGCGCAAUUGUACCGACCCGAAUAUCCUGAGUAUGCCAUCGAAGCGGCACGCUUACGUUCGUUUGCGGAGUGGCCACGCAACAUGAAGCAACGUCCAAAGGAAUUAGCCGAUGCUGGCUUCUUCUAUACCGGCACUGGUGAUCGCGUUAAGUGCUUUAGCUGUGGUUGUGGUCUCAAGGAUUGGGAUGAUGAUGAUGAACCAUGGGAACAGCAUGCGCUCUGGUUACCGAAAUGUCGAUAUUUGAAUUUACUGAAAGGACAAAGUUAUAUCGAAAGCGUUGCGGCCAAAUAUAAAACGAAUAACAGUAAAUGUCCCGAUGCAGUGCCAGCAGAAAGUGAUCAAUAUUGUCCAACAUCAGACAACAUUGUCGUACAACCAGUAAUUGCAACAGCGGCUUUGACGCCAACGACGUCCAAAACCGCAGAGGCGGCGACAACUGCUGUGAAGACCACAGCGGUGGCGGCAACAAUUGCAGAGGAGAAGCUAUGCAAGAUAUGCUAUGCCGAUGAGUAUAACACGGCGUUUUUACCCUGUGGCCAUGUGGUGGCUUGCGCCAAGUGCGCGUCGUCGGUCUCGAAGUGUCCGGUUUGCCGGAAACCCUUUACAAAUGUGAUGCGUGUGUUUUUUCCUUGAUCAUCUAUAUAAACUAUUUAUUAAUGUGUAGACUUACCCGCGUUGUAAAUAAUAAUAAUAAUAAUAUGCGGUAAAUCGGCCAGUUGUG